AUUUAAGUACUCCAAAACUGUUUAAAAGUAAAUAGAUCCAAACGGGCUAAUCACUUAAACUCUUUCUCCAAUCAAUCCAUCAAUCAUCUCCAUGACUAAUCACAACACUUCACCAUACUCCCACCUGCUGCUGCUCGCUGCCGUACUGGCGCUUGUCUCCGUGGCCAGCGCCUUCGGACCAACGAGCAGGUUAGAUCUCCAAAAGAUCAUGAGAGAAGAGAGAAAUUAUAUGCAAAAGAAAGUGAUUGACAUUAGCCACAAGUAUGUUCCUGAUUUGCCUGCUUAUGAUUCCAAAAGUGGACUGGGAAACUUCAUAAAACUUAAGACCAGCAUCAAGUUGGGUGAUCUCUAUAAUUUUUCCGUCUUUAAACUUACUACUCAUUCUGGCACACAUGUUGACGCUCCUGGACAUUUCAAUGAGACCUUAUUCGAGUUGGGUUACGAUGUCGUUUCACUUCAUCUUCAAACUUUGAAUGGUCCAGUUCUUGUGGUGGACACCCCACGGAACAAGAAUAUUACAGCUGAAGUUAUGAGGUCAUUGAACAUACCUCGAGGAGUGAAACGUGUUCUUUUUCGAACAUCAAACACAGACAGGAGGCUGAUGUACAAGAAAGAAUUUGAUUCCUCGUAUUCUGCAUUCACCUCAGACGGAGCAGAGUAUUUGGCCCAGAAUACUGACAUCAAACUCGUUGGCGUUGAUUACUUAUCUGUUGCCAUUAGUCCCAAGGAUGAGCUCCUUAAAGUUCAUCAACAUCUUCUGAAUUCUAAAGAUAUUAUUCCAGUGGAAGGUCUCAACCUCGAUGAUGCAGUCCCGGGAGUUUAUACAAUUCACUGUCUACCGUUGAGGCUGGUUCAUGGAGAUGGUUCACCUACCAGGUGCAUCCUCUUCCAGUGAUUAUGUCAAGAAAGCUGUGAUACUUUUCAUGAAUAAAAUAAUACGUUUAAGUUAUGUGAACUCAGAAUUUCCAAGAGGAACUUAAAAUGUACUAGAUUCCUUUAGCUUGUCUACCCAUGGGAUUAUGUAAAUUUCGUUCUUGGUACUAAUAAAAAUGAAUGUUGAGAUUGUA